GUGGUGUGUGUACCACUUCCCUAAGUUAUAUUGGACUCGUCCCAUGCCGGGAUGCCAAUACAAUUACUGGCGUUCAAAUCUAGACACGCGUUAAAAGGGCAAAUAGGUUUGGCCUUAUUCCUAGGUCAUUGGCGAGCCCUCAAAGUAGGAUUCCUCGAAACUUAUGUGGCCAAAGCGCCCAGAAAGCACUUGUGCUUUAUCUAGACGUGUUUGUACAUCGACUGUGGUGGUCUUUCAUGAAUAGGUGUAUUUGACUACUAGGGCUAUACUCCACUUGUGUCUAGGGAUCUUUGCUCACUCGCACAGCUAUUUGCAUAGGUUAUUUCAAUGCAGCUGGUAUAGCCUAUUCUGGAAUCGACUGCACUUGCACUCAGUAGGUACAUAUCUGGAAUCUAGGUUUACCCUUCCAACCUUUAAACCGGAAACCCGAAAAAGGGGCUUUAUAUACAUUAGCAAAAGGGAUCAUUGUAUAGGCAUUUAAACCGUAAGAUACAGGAGUUGUGUUUGUACUAGACCCUAUAGGAAUAUAGUCCGCUUGUACUUCAUUAUCUCUGUAUCGACGCGCCAAUGAGCGCAUGAAUACCGUUCCAAAGUAAGAACGGGAUUUUAUAUAUACCGAAGGCGGUACGCUGCCUUCGGCAAAUGCAGUUAUUCAUUAACGUAGCAAUUCAUUUAAUCGCCGAAAUAGGCAGGGACGUUUUCGAUAGUUAAGCAUCAGCAAUAUGGAUAUGCGUCUGGAACAGGACCGCAAUAACGUCGACCAAGUGGACGACCGCGGCACUAAAACUAGUUAUACCGAUCCGUUAUCAAUGAAGCAGAGUGCAAGCUCUUCGUGUACCACUCUGUGCGAUAGCGGGGAUGAAGGGCAACCAGGUCAAAACGGCCAGCAGAUGGACAUGAUGCAACCGAGUUACCCGAUGAACUACAAUUAUCCACCUGGUUAUAACAACUUCGACCUUACUUCGUUCAUCAAUAAUUCGUUCAACAAGAAGCACACAAAUGUAAUCUCGGGCGUUAAGUUCCAACCGUCAGAUAACCGAUGGAUUGCAAGGUGGACUACUGCCGAUGGCAAACGCGCUUGCAAAAGCUUCUCGGUGAAUAUUUACGGGUUUGAGCAGGCUAGGGCCCUGGCUAUAGAGGCACGGCAAAAGGGCGUCAGUUUAUCAGGCCGUUCCUUCUGCAACAGGGAACGGCAACAUGCAAUGCGCUCUGGUGUUGGGAUUAUUGGAAUCCGCUUUGACAAAACCCAGGCGCGCUGGGUGUCGUCAUAUUACGAAGGCGGUAAGCGCAAGUUCAGGUACUUUACCGUUAAGGACUACGGGUACGAGCAGGCAAAGCAGCACGCAAUCCUCUGGAAAACAUGCAACGACGAGCGGCUUAUCCGUAACCGUGCUCAAGCUAAUAAGGUCAUGGACCUUAAAAUGCUAGAGCACGGUAUGGACCAGGGUGUCCAGCAGAACCCCUGGUGCGUGCAACCAUACCAACAGCCUUAUAUGGGAUAUUACCAACCACAGGCCAUGGAGUACUGCAACCCCCAAAAUGACUGCAUCAACCAAUAUGACCAGCAGCAUAUGCAGCAAGCCAUGAUGCACUACAAGGCGCCUGCGAUGCCGGGGCAGCAAUCUGUAGAAGCAAGGAGCCCAAGCCUCAGUACCAAUGCUAGUGUCUCGGGAUACAACGACCUCGGGGACCAAAUGUGCUACAACUACCAAAGUGACUUUCAGUACCAAUUAAUGCAGCCUCAGUACCAGUAUGAGCAGCAGCCAAUGCAGUACAUGGGCGACGAGAUUGAGCAGUACGUCCCGGAAAACGAGCAGGAAGAGGACACGUGCUCCGUAUCAGGCGUAACCUUCGACCGAAAGAAUAGGCGUUGGGGAGCUAGGUGGACCACUGCCGAUGGCAGACGUGCCGGGCGGUACUUCCCAGUUAGACAGUACGGUUUCAACGAAGCAAAGCGGCUGGCGGUAAUAUGCCGCCUACAGGCUAUAGAAGAGAGUCGUACCGGGGAACCCAUGUCGCCCAUCGACCUCAAUAUGCAGCAGAGCUGCGGCGAACUUAUUAACGAACAGUUUUAAUAGUCCCAACCUC